GCGCUGCCCCUGCUCUCCCCGCCCCGGGACACGGGCUGCGGGGCCGCGCUGGGCUCGGGGCGGGGCAGGAGCGCGGAGCCGCCAUGGGGAAGGUACUGGCGGUGGCUCUUGUCGGGAUAGCGGCAGCCUUGGCGGUGGAGCGGCUGCUGGCCUUUCGGGACAGACUCAAUGCUUCACGGGAUAUAGCCCCAGUAACCCCCCCAAACUGCCGGCUCAUUAAAGGGAUUGAAACUGGUUCAGAAGACAUCGACAUACUUCCCAAUGGAUUGGCUUUUAUCAGCUCGGGCUUGAAAUAUCCAGGAAUAAAGAGCCUUGCACCAGACAAACCGGGUGAAAUAUUUUUGAUGGAUUUGAAUGAAGACAAUCCCAGAGCAUUGGAACUGAGAAUCAGCCGAGGGUUUGAUCUGUCAUCAUUUAACCCACAUGGAAUCAGCACCUAUAUAGACAGAGAUGACACCGUGUACCUCUUUGUUGUGAACCAUCCCCAUCAGAAGAGCACAGUAGAAUUGUUUAAAUUUGUAGAAGAUGACAAUUCUCUUGUACACCUGAAAACCAUUCGACACGACCUUCUGAUAAGCGUGAAUGAUAUAGUAGCUAUGGGACCGGACAGCUUCUAUGCUACGAAUGACCAUUACUUCUCUGACUUCGCCUUGAUGUUCUUGGAGAUGUUCUUGGGUUUGACUUGGUCAAAUGUUGUUUACUACAGUCCAAAAGAAGUUAAAGAAGUAGCAGCUGGGUUUUAUUCAGCCAAUGGAAUUAACAUUUCACCUGACAGAAAGUAUGUCUAUGUCGCAGAUAUACUUGAUCAUAAUGUCCAUGUUAUGGAAAAACAUGCUAACUGGAGUUUAAGCCACGUGAAGACGCUGCAGCUGGACACUCUGGUUGAUAAUUUGUCUAUUGACCCACACACUGGAGACAUCUGGACAGGAUGCCAUCCCAAUGGGAUGAAGCUGUUCCUCAAUGAUCCUGAAAAUCUGCCUGCCUCUGAGGUCCUGCGCAUCCAGAACAUCCUCUCAGAGGAGCCUGUGGUGACACGUGUGUACGCUGAUGAUGGCUCUGUACUGCAGGGAACUUCGGUGGCGUCCAUCUACAAGAGAAAACUGCUCAUCGGCACAGUCUUCCAUAGAGCUCUCUACUGUGAGCUCUAGCUCGUCUCAUGGAUUGUAAAUGAGAUCCGCUUGGAGGCCUGUGAAUCAUCCCAACUUGACCAACAGCUGGGAUUAAAAUAAUCUUCAGGACUGAGCAGAAGGAAGAAGAGAACAAGCAGGGCAGGGUUCAUGUCACCUCCCCCCAAGUCUGACCCGUGCAACAACAGCUGCCCAGUUGUGCUCACCCUUUAUUACUUCUUCUGGAAUGAACAACAAAUGGGCAGGAAAGUGAGGACUCAAUACAAAUUCUAAUAAAGAUUCAGGAUUUCUCAUUUUAUUGCAUUCGUUGUCUAACAACAAUAAUACUCAUCGGCAAGAAAUUUAUUUACACUAACAAAUUAACUUUAAACCACAAGGCUUUGUUGUUUGUAUUUAAACUGUAAGAAAACAAAGGGCCACCAUGAUGUUUUGUUUCGACGUCUCCCAAUAACUAAAUAUUAACCAAAGUUAUUUUGGGGAAAACUCAACAAUCUAGAGAAGUUCAUAUCAACCAAGCACAAGAGAACAAGCUCAGACAUGGCACUACCGUGUCUUUCAUGCAGAUGAUCCGACAUCAAGAUGUACAAACAAAAAGUUCAGGAUAACAUGCACUUCAUAUACAUUUGAUCUCUUUAAAAAAAGAAAAAAAAAAAAAGAAAAAAACCUCUGAAGCGCAAACACCUCUUCAACCAUAUAAAAAGAAACAAUGUAAGAAGCCAAUUUUUACAGUGACUGCAGUGCAUUUUAGUCUUUUAGCUGCCUGGUCUUCUAGCAAUGUGUCUAACAGUUGUCAGUGACCAGUGAGUUACCAUUGCAAUGUGACUGGAAAAUACAAAAGCAGUUGUUCAACAAUCAAUGUGUAUGGAAAAGUAUAGAGGCGGGAGGUUCACUCUACGCUCUCCACUUCCAAAUGGGCCAAGGGAUUACUCCUUAUGACUGGUGCGCUGGGAUUCCCCUUUCCUCUGGAUGUUUCUGCACCAGGCCCUGAACACACUUCCACUGGUGACAAAGCUUCCACUGAAAACCCGGCAGUAGGCUCAGGCUCUGAGGUUCUGCAGGUUGGACAUGAUCUCAAGCUGCGAGCCCACCUCUCUGGGAGAAGAAACCCACCCAAGUCAGCACACCAGGUUUCAGAAACCCUAUGGCUCAUUCCUAACACAGUCCAAACUUCCUGAAGAAACAGCUCAAGGCUCUGCUGCCAGACCUUCCAGUUCUUACUGUUCGUGCAUCUUUUUAGUCAUUACUUAAUGCUGAUGUAAAAGUACCACAGUUUGUAUUGCCAGUUAGUAACAGAAAGCUCAUUUUAUCACGAGGGACCGGAAGGCUCAGUCACGACUAAGGCAUCACAGCUUCAAAAAGCCAGUUCUACAGGCAAAAUAAACACAGUAAAAUCCAUACAUGAGGUUAGCAAAAGGGACUGUGCAAUCUGCAGAUGAACCACGCUCCACUAUGGUGAGUGGGUAAGCCACCGCGGAUGUCACAAUCCUGCUUGAAAAUGAGCUGCUGAGAGUGCUCUGAUAGACAUCAAAGGGUCAAAAGUAUAAAAAAGGGUUUCCUUCCUUGAAUACUGACACUCUAAAAAAAGCAAUCCUGCCGAUCUUCUGUCCCCUCCAAACCAGCCUGAGGACAAUGUGCAGAAGGACCAUUCUGUAUACAAGUUUAACAAAACUUUAAAAUCUUCUGCUCUGCAAAAAUCAAUUCAAACACAAAAGGAAAGAUCGAGCGAAGCCACCAGCACAGCCAGGGGUGAACAUGCUGUUGAGACCAAGGGGGAGCGCAUUGCUGCUCUGAGCUUGCAGGCGGUCCCAGGGCCCUCUGCCUACUGCGCACCCUGCAACGCACAGACAGCCGUGUGCUGACUGCUGCUAGCGCUGUGUAAAUCUCUAUGGAGAUGCAUGUAUGUAUGUAUACACACAAACCCAUAUACAUUUAUAGAGCAAUCAAGCCACAAAUCACUUAAACAUGACUGAUUUAAUUAUUUUCAAUCAUUAAUUUAACAAAACUAAACCUAAACCAUCUACCAGCUCUGUGCGCUCUGCCCAUUUUGACUGCUAAAGAUUUAGAACUUAAUUGACUAUGUGCUGCUAUUUUAAAACAUCUGUUUUUUUAGUGUUUUGGGCCACAACAUCAAUUUACCAAUGUUUUCAAGUGAGGGAUAACAUGGAAUGACAGAGGUGUAAUUAAAAAACUUAGUCUGAUGAUAGUGCAAGGGCCACACCUAAAAAGAGCAAGAUGGGGUUUUGCUUUAGGCUUGACAAUAUUUUCUCUCCGUAAUCAUUCCACUAAAUCAACGUAGGACUUUAUUUUUGCAAACUUCUCCUAAAUUUCAGCAUCAAGAAACAGUACAGACUGCACUGCAGAGUCUGUAAACUAUAGCUGGAUCUGUGUAAACCCUUCCUUUUGAUUUUCAGUGCUGUGAUGGUCCUUGGAAUGGUCUUUCUGGCCAGACACAACUAAAUGAUGAUCCUCUUCCUUCCUACUGUGGAACUGGAUUCUACACUAUUAACAAGAGUAGCAUUUCCUUCUCUGACUUAAAAGUGUAACACAAUUCAUUCUCAAAAAUAACACAUCAUCUCCCACCUCUUUCUUGCCAUCAGAUGAGCCGUGAGGUAAAGGUGGAGCAGCUCAGGAGGACAGGAGGCUUUGAUGGAAGCAAUGAAUUAUGACAAAAACUUGAUGCUCAGUGUCAAGUAUCUCUGAAUGUCAGUGAGAGCUGAUGACAGGCAAGCUUCCGAGGAAAACUGCUCAGUCACUCCAGUACGAGCUCGGUUCUUGUGGUAUCCCUGCAGCAGACCAGAGUCACAGCAAAAUAGAUGCCUUUGCAAAAAAACUUUACAAGUUAGAAGAAUGCAAAAGCAUUUGUAUAAAAUGAGAUAAAAACAUCCCCUAAGUCUGUUCAGCUUUUUAUUACUGGCUUUCUGUUCCACUGUGCAAUUCUAACUGACAACAAAGAACAGGCUCUACUUACAGUCACCACCAGCAGACCUGUUCGUAGUGGUGGGUGAAAUACAAUCAGCAGAGGGCAAUACUCUGUGCAUUGCAACAAACAAGUUGGGCUGCUUGCCUCACCUCCUGCUCUGCCCGGACAGACUGAAACUGAUUUGGGAGUUUUAAUACGAAGUGACACAGGUGCAGCCCUCCACAUGGGAAAAUGCUACCUGAAAGCAAGUAACAUCAGUAUGUUUGGCUGAUUUGCACAGAGCAAGGAGGCACCACAGUCUCAGUAUAAACACCAGGGUUUUUUGGACUAAAGUAAG